CGUCGCUGUCGCUGCUUGCCUGCCUGCCUGCCUGUCUGCCUGCCUGCUGCUCAAUUGCCGCUCGCUGCCGACGCUGUUGCAGUCGCUUACGUUAUUAUUUUUGUGUGGCCUACGUUGCGUUACGUUACGUCCCUUAUGGGGGCGCACUCGAUCGAAUUUUGUUACUGUUAAAACACACACACAUGUACGACUGUAUAUGGAGCAAAAACCGCAAUAAAUAGAGCACUCGAUAAGCGUGAGCCAGGGACCGAGCUCUGCGGGACCGAUCCUGCAGAGCCACACCAAAAAAAAACCCGGAAGGGCGGACGGACAUCCAUAGACAAUCAAUCCCCCCAAAAAAUCAAAUCAAAAAUCUGCCCGGAAAACGGAAAUUGUAUUAUUUUUUUUGUUUGCCGACAUGUGAUAUAUGCUAUAUUCGUACUUAUAACAAAAAGCACAUACAGAUACAGAUACAGUUACAGUUACAGUUACAGAUAUAGUGUGUAUCUGUGUAUCUGAAACAUGCUUCACGCUUGCCCCAAAGUUCUAAAAGUCAAGUGCAAUACAACAACAACAACAACAACAAAAACAACAACGACUACGAGUACGACAUCUAACAACUCUAUAGGACGGCUCAAGUGACGUUUUAUUGGCGCAAGGUGAACACAAAUAAUAGCUUAAAAAAAAAAAAACAACAACAAAAAUCCACACAUACACACAAACACACACACGCACGCACAUACACAAAAUACAGAACAAAUAAAGUACACAAAAACCAAAAACAAAUAAAAAAAACAAACAAAUAAAGCUCAAAUCGUAGGAGAGUUCAAAAUGUGCUUCUAAAUGAAUUUCUUAAAUUUUUUUUUUCGACUGGAGAUAAAAGCGUAAAAAAUCUAUUUUGUGCUUAAAUUUGGAUUAACAUUUAAGAAACGAAAAGAAGCCUUCCAGCCAGCGAGAGAAGCCCCAAGAUUACCAUAAUGAUGAAUCAGGAUAAUCCAUACGCGAUGAAUCAGACGUGCAAGGUGUGCGGAGAGCCGGCGGCUGGAUUCCAUUUUGGUGCUUUCACAUGCGAGGGCUGCAAGUCCUUCUUUGGCCGCUCGUACAACAACCUGUCGUCGAUCACGGACUGCAAGAACAACGGCGAGUGCAUCAUCAACAAGAAGAACCGCACCGCCUGCAAGGCCUGCCGCCUGAAGAAGUGCCUCAUGGUGGGCAUGUCCAAGAGCGGCUCCCGCUACGGCCGUCGCUCCAACUGGUUCAAGAUCCACUGCCUGCUGCAGGAGCAGCAGCAGCAGGCGGUGGCCGCCAUGGCGGCGCAUCACAACAGCCAGCAGGCGGGCGGCGGCGGUGGCGGUGGCGGCGGCGGACCGAGCGGCGGUCCUGGCGGAAUGAGUGGCAUGCCGAACGGGGUCAAGGGCAUGUCCGGCCAGGGCUCGGCGGCUGCUGCGGCCGCGCUGGGUAUGCUCGGGCAUCCCGGCGGCUACCCCGGACUCUAUGCGGCUGCCGCCGCUGGCGGCGGGGGUCCCCGAUCGAAGGAGGAGCUCAUGAUGCUGGGACUGGAGGUGAGCGGCGACUACGGGAUGCUGAAGCAUCCCUCGGUGGUGGCCUCCCCGUCCGUCAGCUCUCCCGACUCCCACAACUCCGACAGCUCCGUGGAGGUCUCUGUGCGGGGCAAUCCGCUGCUCCAUUUGGGGGCCAAGCCGAGCGCCGGCGGGGGCUGCGCCUCCACUCCCGGGGGAGAUGCCAACCAAUCGACGAGCACGGCGCCGGGCAGGCCGCCACAGCUGCAGCAGCGCAAGGAUCUGCCGACGUUCCACCUUCCGCUCCCCUUCCCCGGCCUCGGGUCGAUGUCUGUGAUGCCGCCGCCCCCCUUCCUGCCGCCCUCGCACCUCCUCUUCCCCGGCUACCAUCCCGCCCUCUAUCAGCACCAUCAGGGUCUGCUGAAGCCCACGCCCGAGCAGCAGCAGCAGCAGGCGGCCGUCGCCGCGGCAGCCGUCCAGCAUCUCUUCAAUUCGAGCGGCGCGGCGGGACAGCGCGGAUUCGCACCGACAGCCGCAUCCUCGCCCUUCGGGAACCACCAUCCGCUGGAGGAGGCGCCACCGGGCCACCCGCACAACCACAGCAGCAGCAACACCAACAACAGCCAGAGCCAGCACCAGCACCAGCACCACAUCCUGGCCAAUGGCGGCAAGGGAGUGUCGGCGGCGGAUGAGCUGACCAAACGCUUCUAUCUGGAUGCCGUUCUCAAGUCGCAGCAGCACGGCAGUCCGCCGCCGAUGGCCACCAAGCUGGCGCCGCUGCAGCACACCAAACAGGACUAUUCCAUAUCCGCUUUGGUGACCCCGAACUCUGAGAGCGGCGGCGGCGGCGGCAGGGUCAAGAGCAGGCAGAGCAAUGGUGGCCAGGGGGAGGAUGCAGCGAGAGAGGAUACAAGUGAUAAGGAGGAGAACGUGGAUGAGACAGAGGAUGAGCAUGACGAGGAGGAGGAGGAGGAGGAGGAAGAUCUAGUGGUGUCCAUGACGCCUCCGCAUUCGCCGGCGCAACAGCUGCAGGACCUCGACCACGACCACGACCAGGACCUGGCCCUGUCCCCCUCUGUGGCUCAGGAUAAUCCCAUUGAUUUGAGUAUGAAGACCACGGGGAGUUCUUUGAGCAGUAAAUCCAGUUGCCAGGACAUCGAGGUGGAACCGCCAGAGCCGCUGUCCAGCGAUCGAUCGGAGAAGAUCGAAGAUGACGACGAUGCAGUAGAGGAGGAGGAGGAGGCGCUGGAGGACGAGGACGAGGAGGUGAAAGUAACAGCCGAAGAUGGGGACGUGGACGAAGAGUAUCCAAAAGAACAGACCCACAAAAACAACAAAAACAACAACAACAACAGUAUCAGCAGUAACAACAAUAACAAUAACAGUAAUAAUAAUAACAAUAAUAAUAAUAACAAUAGUUUAAGUGAUAAUGAGGCCAAUGAUACGAUCAAACGGAAACUGGACGAGCUGAUCGAAGAGGCAUCCAGCGGCAAGCGUUUGCGUCUGUCGGAGGCGUCGCCCGUCAAGGCCCUGGCUCUGGAUCUAACCACAAAGGUCUAGGUCUAGGGCAACUAUCGAACUCCACUUCCUCCUCCACAGCCUGCCCCUCCAGCUCGUGCGUUCCGUUUGAGAGGGGGUUUGGGGGGGGCUUUUGGGGGCUUGAGAGAUGUUAUCACAUCGUUUAAAACAACUAACCAAAUGGCCAAAAUAUGCAAACGGCAGACGGCUAAAGGAGGAGACCCCGCCACGCCACAGACACAAUACGCGCAUUGAUUUGCAUAUAUA